AUGAAGACCGAUUUCAAGUUCUCGAACUUGCUGGGCACAGUCUACUGCCAGGGCAACCUGCUCUUCAGCCCAGAUGGCACCCAUCUGUUCUCCCCAGUCGGUAAUCGCGUCACUGUCUUCAACCUAGUCGAUAACAAAUCCCACACCCUCCCUUUUGCUCAUCGCAAGAACAUCGCCCGCAUCGGCCUCUCUCCCCGCGGCAACCUGCUACUCUCCGUCGACGAGGAUGGACAUGCCAUUCUCACCAAUGUCCACCGUCGCAUCUCCAUCUAUCACUUCUCAUUCCGAUCGCCGGUCACAGCGCUCGCAUUCUCCCCCUCCGGCAAGCACUUUGCCGUAGGACUCGGCCGCAAAACCGAGGUCUGGCAUGUGCCUUCUACCCCCGACGUAAACACCGAAGGCGUCCUUGAUUUUGCGCCCUUUGUACGACAUCAUACACACACUGGCCAUUUCGACGAUGUCAAGUUCAUCGAAUGGUCGAGUGACUCUCGGUUCUUCCUGACAGCCUCGAAAGAUUUGACCGCGCGGAUAUGGAGCUUGGACCCCGAGGACGGAUUUGUGCCGACGAUUCUGGCGGGCCACAAGCAGGCGGUCAUUGGCGCAUGGUUCUCAGAGGAUCAAGAAACACUCUACACUGUCAGCAAGGACGGAGCCGUGUUCACAUGGAAGUACGCCAAGCCCAAGAACCACACGGAGGAUGAUCGGAUGGAAGAUGACGACUCCGAUAUGCGAUGGCGGAUUGUCGAGAAGCAUUAUUUCAUGCAGGGGAGCGCUCACGUUAGAUGCGCGGCCUUUCACCCACGAUCAAAUCUUCUCGUUGCCGGCUUCUCUAACGGUACAUUCGGACUGUACGAGAUGCCCGACUUCAACAAUAUUCAUAAAUUAAGCAUUUCCCAAAACGACAUCGACUUCGUCACAAUCAACGCGAGUGGGGAGUGGCUUGCUUUCGGUGCUUCCAAGCUCGGCCAGCUUCUGGUCUGGGAAUGGCAAUCCGAGUCGUAUAUCCUUAAGCAACAAGGACACUUUGACUCAAUGAACUCACUGGUGUAUGCGCCAGACGGGCAACGCAUAAUCACGACUGCAGAUGAUGGAAAGAUCAAAGUGUGGGAUAUUGAGUCUGGAUUUUGCAUUGUCACGUUCACCGAGCAUACCAGCGGUGUGACAGCCUGCGAAUUCACCAAGAAGGGCAACGUCCUGUUCACAGCCAGUCUGGACGGCUCGAUACGAGCAUGGGAUCUCAUCAGAUACCGGAACUUCCGUACAUUUACCGCCCCGACGAGACUAUCAUUCUCCUGCAUGGCCGUUGACCCCAGCGGUGAGGUCGUAGCUGCAGGAUCGCUCGACUCGUUCGAUAUACACAUCUGGUCCGUACAGACGGGUCAACUUCUUGACCAGCUUUCCGGCCACGAGGGCCCCGUCUCGGCGCUGGCAUUUGCACCAAACGGCAGCUCCUUAGUGAGCGGAAGCUGGGACAGAACAGCCCGCAUCUGGUCCAUAUUCAACCGAACUCAGACGAGCGAGCCCCUGCAGCUCCAGGCAGAUGUCCUUGAUGUCGCCAUCCGACCAGACUCGCUCCAGCUCGCCGUCUCAACCCUCGACGGCCAACUCACCUUCUGGUCAUUGUCAGAUGCGGAGCAGGUCGCCGGAAUGGACGGGAGACGAGACGCCUCCGGUGGCCGUAAGGUAUCAGAUCGCAGAACCGCCGCCAACGUAUCCGGCACCAAGAGCUUCAACACCAUCGACUACAGCACCGACGGCAGCUGCCUGAUUGCAGGCGGCAACAGCAAGUACAUCUGCCUAUACUCGGUCAGCACCAUGGUGCUCCUCAAGAAGUUCACCGUCAGCGUGAACCUCUCCCUCUCCGGCACCCAAGAGUUCCUCAACAGCAAGCUCCUGACCGAGGCCGGCGCCCUAGCCGAGAUCGACCAGCAAGGCGAGGAGUCCGACCGUGAAAACCGCGUCGACAAGAGCCUGCCAGGAUCGAAGCGAGGAGGCGAUCCCUCCGCCAGGAAGGAAUUUGCCGACGUCCGAGUCUCGGGCAUUGCCUUCUCGCCCACCGGCACGGCCUUUUGUGCCGCCUCAACCGAAGGCUUGCUGAUCUACAGCCUAGACAACACGCUUCAGUUCGACCCGUUCGACCUGAACAUGGAGAUCACACCCGCAUCAACCCUCGCCGUGCUGGAGAAUGAAAAGGACUACCUCAAGGCCAUCGUCAUGGCAUUCCGUCUCAACGAGACCGGUCUGAUCAAGCGCGUCUUUCAAGCUGUUCCCCCAGCCGAUAUCUCCCUCCUCGUGGCUAAUGUACCGACCGUGUAUGCGCCUCGGCUGCUACGCUUCGUGGCCGCCCAGACCGAGGAGUCACCCCAUAUCGAGUUCUGCCUCCUCUGGAUCAAGGCCCUCGUCGACAAGCACGGCGCCUGGCUGAGCGCGAACCGGGGCAAGCUCGAUGUGGAGCUGCGCGUCGUGUCGCGGGCCAUUGCGCGGAUGAGAGACGAGAUCCGGAGAAUGGCUGACGAGAACGUGUACAUGGUUGACUACCUGAUCAGCCAGGCUGAUCAGGGGGCUGUGGAGAAGAAGGGGUCAUCGCAUCUAAGUCUCGAGAAUGGGGCGGAGAAGAUGCUAUUAGAUGUGAAUGACCAGGGUGAAUCUGAAGAGGGAUCUGACGACGAUGAAGGAUGGAUGGGUCUAGAAUAA